AUGUCUCACCGCUCUCCUGAGUCCAUCAACACUGUGGUUGGAGGUCCGUCCUCCAGUCCUACCUCAGAUGGUACCUACCCUACCACUACGUACUCGCCUGAGGCUUCCCAUGACUACUUCCCUCCCCAGAACGCUGGGCAGGCUCCAGCGCCUCCCCCUCAUGUGGUCUACGCCCCUACUGUACCUGGCUUGUUCGGAGCUACAGCUCCUUCCGUUGUACCUCCUCCCGUGUACCCUAUUGCUGCUCCUGUCGGCGGUCCCGGCGCUUUCGCGAGCGUCCCUCUAGCUGGUGUUAUCCCUGGUGGUAUCCCUCAUGUUGUUCAACCUCCUGCCCCAUCUGUUGUUGAGGAGAUUCGUCCUACUGUCUUCCUCGAUGAGCUUGACCCUCGUGCAGGCGUGUUCCAUUCCCGCUACCUUGAGAUCUCCGGUGGCGACGAGUAUGGUCACCUCAUCAAGGACAUGGUCAUUCUCAUGAAAACGGAGGACGACAUGUUCGACCAUGGUUCCAUUCUCACGCAGAAAGACGAUCUGACUCGUGUCUGGAUCUACUUCGACGACACUCGUGCUGCAAGACAGGCCUACAUGUACCUGCGCCAGCUCCAAUUCGAGGUCCGCUAUGCUCUCCAGUCCGUCUACGCCCAGGCUGCCAAGCAGGAUGUUCUCGCCAUCGACCGCAAUGAGGGCCAGAUUGCCCUGAAGAUGCUCACUCGUUCUGUUCAAGUCUUCAACAAUGAUUCCUUGCUUGCAGACAUUGUCAAGACUACUUGCAGCCACAUCGGAGAGGUUCGUCUUGUUCGCCAGUUGCGCAAGUCACAGCACUCGAAUGGUUUCACCUUCACCUAUCGUGUCGAGUUCUUCUCUGUCCUUGACGCGAAUCGUGCUGUCACGCUUCUGAAGGAUCGCAACCCUCUCGCUGAACAUAAUUCGAACGCACGUGCAUAUCCGUGGGAGACUGUUCGCGUUGAGCGCUACUCUGGUGUUGAGGUCGAUACCUCGAUCCGCCCUCCCCUUCGUGGCAAGCAGUACAUCUACCGUUCUCGUGACGCGCACAAUCGUGUAUAUGUGACCCGCGUUCUUGCUGGCCUUGAUGUUCGCUCUACCCUCAUGUUGCGCAACAUCCCCAAUGAGAUGAAUUGGAUGGGCCUCAAGAAGAUCAUGGAUGCGAUCUGCAUCGGUUCAUACGAUUUCGUCUACCUUCGCAUGGACUUCACUACCCAGGCUAACGUCGGUUACGCCUUCAUCAACUUCUCCGACUUGAAUGGUAUCGUGGCAUUUGUCAACGCCCUCGACGGUCAGCAGUGGACCGGCUACAGAUCUACCAAGGCCGUCGAGAUUUCUUACGCCACUAUCCAAGGCAAGGAGGCUCUGGUCACCAAGUUCAGAAACUCUUCUGUCAUGCAAGAGUCUCCCAACUGCAAGCCGCGCCUGUUCAACACCUUUGACGACGUCCAGUGCGGUCUGUCAUACUCGUAUGUCGGCACCGAGCAAGCUUUCCCUGAGCCAGACAACAUCCCCAAGCUACAACGCUCAUGCGCCAGUGCUUCCCAGAAUGGCUUGUUCCCACCCAAGCAUAAGAGCGUUACUCAGACUGCGCCUCGUGUACACCACACGUCGGACAUGCACGGAAACGGACACCACACAGGCCCUCACGCUGAGUUGAACAUCAGCAUCGACUCUGUUCCUCAGGAUGUCCAGCAGUUCUGUGAGAACUGGUAUGCUCGGUCUCAGGGUGGCUACAGGGUUCCCUUCUUGCAGAUCCCUCAGAGCAUCGUGGUUCACUUCUUGCAAAUGCAUUUCGAUGCUAUGCGUCUCCAACACCAGCAGGCCAGUGCUCCUGGACCUCUUCCUCAAGCUCAUCUCUGA